GGUGCUGCCCUGUCACCUUUCAGUGCAAGUGUUUGACUAGCUCGGCGCCCGGGAUCGAACAUCGGGCAUGUUGCUUCAUGCUUGAGAUCUAGGCUUCCGACCACGGAACGAAGAAAAAGGCAGACAUCUUCCUUCCUGCGUAGAGGGCCCCGCCCUUCUGCAAAUUCAUCAUCUGCCCCUCCUCCGACGAUGAAUCUGAGCUCUUCGUCCCCUUCGCCGCCUCAAAGGCGUCGUGUGGAUGAGAAGAGGUCCAAGCAAGGAUGUCUGACCUGCCGAGGACGAAGGAAAAAGUGUCCAGAGGAUUUUCAAACCUGGGCAGAUGGGUUCACGGGCUGCAGCGCCUGUCAUGUGAGAAGACAGACAUGCAAUCGCCCGUCUCCGACCUCCAAUCAUGCUCUGGCCCUGCCAAAUACCGGCAAAUUCCAUCGAGAGACGGGCGGCAAUAGCAGCAGCAGCAAUAGCAGCAACCACCGGCACAAUGGCUUGCAUGCAAAUCGGGGCUCUACUUCAUCUCUUCUGUCCAUGACUUCGUCCUCGUCUUCGUCAUCUGUGUCAGUAUCGAUGCCACCGCUGGCCUCACAAGCCUCUGCUAUGUUUUCGAGCCCGGAGACGUCGGGCCAUCCCUCCGCCCCAUUCCAAAGCGGCUCUUACACGUUUCCGCCGUUUCCGCAGCAAUCAAAGGUGUCGCAAGUGCCCUUGUUCAUGGAACCGCAGCAGGUCUCGGAUUCCAAUCAGCAGCAGUCCAUGCUGUCUCAGGAGCCACAGCAACAGCAGCAGCAGCAGCAACAACAACAACAACAACAACAAGUUCAACACCAACAAGCGCAACAGCCGAUUGUAUAUCAACAAACAGCACCAUUUCAAUGGCAGCAGCCGACAAUUCAGGCUGGCGUGUCUUUCGAGCAAAUCUUGUCUCGCAACGCCUGGCUCGACGAGUUUUUCGAUGACUUUAUGGAUCUGACCGCCCCACUCCUCAUGGAUGGAGACUGCAGCAACUCUCAAUGGCUUGACAGUCAGAUGGCCUCGCCCGAGACAGAUCCGAGCAUUCUAGGCUCAAGGACCGUCUUGUCACCCUCGCCCUCUUUUGUCGUUGAGCCCUCUUCGCAACAGCCAGGGCAGACGGUACACUCAGCUUACAAGUCCACCCAGGAACAAGAAGGGCAAUUGCCGGCACAGCCGCAACGGCCGAAAAGGAAGAGGACCGUGGGGGACGGUCCCGCUUUGACGGAAGGUGGUGAGAAAUCAUCCGUACCAUGGAGCAGCAGCAACAUCGGGCGAUUAGUGGAAUCUCAAGAUCUCGACGACAUGUUGACCAAGUACAGCGGCUUUUACGAGAAGCUCUGGCGAAGCAUAGGGGAUGUGACUGACCCCGAGAGUCACGGCGCUCUCAUCGACCACAUCAUGAAAAUUGUGAAGUCAAGCAAAUUGUGCAAGUCCGCCAUGGUCGCCUCCUGUCUGGCGUAUCACGAUCUAUGCCAGCGACAGAUACAAAAGGCACAAGGAAUCGACUCUAGGUCCAGCCAGACACCUGCUUCAUUUGUCUUUCCUUCCUCGAAACCCGAAGGACCCAGAAAGGAACCAUCACCGCCGCCUUCGCCACAGGAGAAUAGAGCAGAGCAGCAGCAGCAACAAGAACGGCCGCAGCAGCGAGUAAUGUUUGGUCCUAGAACAGCCGAGAGGCAGAGCACUUUCAGUUCCGCGGACGGCAAGUCGGCCUCUUCGAUCUGGAACAGCUCCCAAUUUGCCCACGCCUGGUACGAGUUCUCGUGUCGCGAAUUUCGAGCCAAUAGCACUUCAAGCAACCUUGAAGCACGACUUGUGGCACUUUUCGAUCUACGGGCCACAGCAAUGUGCUUAAAAGGCGCCAAAGAGUGUCGUGAAUUCGAGCCGGACGUUCAGAAGCUAAUUGCAGAGCUCAAGAUCGAUGUGCCCUAUCUCCUCGCCACCGAGGACUCAGGCACCAUUCUCUCUUUCCUCAUUCAAGGUCUUGCGUUGACCGACAUCGUUGACGGCUGCACCGUACGAGGCACAAGGUCUGCGGUCUUUGAUGCAGAUCCAAAUCACCGCAUUUCGCCCCUCCUGGAGCAAGACCGCCUGACGGCGCCUCACUUCGACUUCGAUUAUGUUUCGAGCCUCUCCAUCAAGCUCCUCAUCUGCCUCAAGUACAUCAACGACAUGGGUGCAGAUUGUGAAGAGGGCAAGAUGGUCAGAGGGUCGGCCGAGUUCGAGGAAAGAGCCAAGUGGAUAGAGACAAAUAUUCUGGCAGCUCAGGUCGACGUCUCGCGGGACGAGACUAGCACGUCGAGGUUGCGAACGUUUGGGCUCCACGAGAUGUGGCGCGAGGCCGUUUUUAUCCACCUUUAUCAGGUCGUCUACCGACUGGGCUGCAUGGCAAAGAAAGUUCAACACUCACUUGAGCAAAUUAUCAAGCUAUCCGAAAUGAUGCAGUUCAAUACGCCCAAAUCGACAGGGGAUUGGCGAGGCGCAGGUAUUCCGGCAGCCAGACAAGCAAAGGCUCGGGCGGAGGAAAGCGCGACCAACCUUGCAUCACUGGCGCCAUACAUGGACGAUGACAAGCUUGACACAAUCGACAUGUCCAUGGUUUGGUUCCUCGCGGCGACUGUCGCAAUUACGCACGAGCAUCGGGAGAUCUGCCUCCUCAACCUUGGCUCAAUCGGUCAAGAACGAGUCCUCCAAGACAAUGUGACCUACAUAAAAAAGCUCUGGCAGCUUACCGACUCCGAUGGCCGCUCAGUCGACUGGCACGACAUGGUCAAGGAGCACGGCUUCUCUGUAUCCUAUUUAAUCUAGGGCUCUCCUUUCUGAUAUCUGCUCUUCUAAUCCUUCCGCCAAUCUGCCUGUUGCUGUAUCCAUAACUACUCCGGGCAUUCCUGCAGACUGAGGAUGAAUGAUGCUUCAGACAGAAGAUGAUUGGCCAGAAGGUUUUAGUAAGCCGAGCCUUGGGGAAGAAAGUAGUCACCGAACCACUGUUUCGGGAAUAUCGC